GUAUCUGCGGUGUGCCAAGGUCAAGGUGACGGACGUCACAAAGGGAACGGAAGACGAGUGAGUUCACCUCGACUGUACGGACUGUACGGAAGUGAUCUUCGAGUUUUGCGUGUUUCUCGUACAGAGUGUACCGUGGAUACAUGCACCCGCUGCGCACGGACGAACGUCACGAAGAAUGACAUUUAAAAUUUGCAGUUAAAGAUUAAGAGGAUAUAGGGACGUGUUUAAGAAGGUGCGUGUACAUUGACAGUUACGUUACAUGGGGCACUGAACGAUUAAGGGAGCGCAUCAUGAACGUGGAUAACGAUUUGGACCAGCAUUUGUUGCGCCAGUUCAGCUGUCUAGGCACCACCGAUAAGGACGAUCUGGUGAAGCAGCUGCAGAAGCUGCUGGCUGGCAGCCAGCUGAACGAAGCCACUGCUACGUUCUUUCUCGAUAUGAAUAACUGGAAUCUCCAGGCAGCUAUAUGUAGUUAUUUUGACUUUGAGUCUCCAUUCAAAUUCCCUUGUAUGGCACUAAUAUGUGAUAGUACUAUUGGCGAAGGAGAAUCGGUACCACCUAAUACUAAAUUUCGAAAAUCAUGGCACGUACGAAAUAGUGGUACAGAAGCAUGGCCUGCUGAGAUUUGUCUACAGCAUACAGGAGGAGUACAAAUGGGAGAAUGUACAAGAGUACCAGUUCCAUCUUUAGGUCCCAAAGAAACGGCUGAAAUAAGCGUCGAUCUUACAAGCCCUCCCAUUAACGGUGUAUAUCAAAGUAAAUGGAGGAUGAUGACAUCAACAGGUUCCUAUUUCGGGGACAUCAUUUGGGUGAUUAUUGCGGUGAAUGAAUGUGGCACCCUAGCGGUUACUCAACAACUGCAUCAAUUAAGUACUUCACAAUCUAACGAUGUACAGAUGUGCUAGCCCCUGAUAUCCAGAGACUUCCCUUAAAUUUUUUUUUCUUUUUAAUGCUGUUAAUUAUUUUAAAUCAAGUAAGUGAAUAUAACAUAUUCAUUUAAAAUAUUGCUUUAAAUAAUAGAAUGAUUUUCUGCUAGUGACACAAGAAACAAUAUUUCCAACAGAUAUUUACAUGAUUUAAGGAAGUACUGGAUUUAAAUACUGUAUAGAAGUAACGUAAUUUUGUUAGAUUUGAAAAUUGUUUACAUAAGGCCUUUUAGCGUCCAUGCUUGUCAGUUACAUCAAAAUGUGUUUUUUUUUUUCCCGCGAUAUUCUCUGUAAUACAAAAUUUGAUGAAUAAUAUACACUCGCGUAAUGUAAAGCUGUAACAGACACGUAUGGACCACAUUUGAGACCGGUACUGAAAAA